AUGCACAACCACCUCGGCGGCAUCGCCGAGUACGUCUCGGAUCCGGCUUUCUGCCCGGUAUCGGUGAGCUCGCAGGACGACCUGCCUUUUGGGAGACUUUCCCACGUGCUUUUGGAUGACGCUGCCAAGGCCGUCGCCCACCGUUUCACAGCGUCGCUACAGUCGUUUGUGAAGGUUGUUGACAUGCGCAAUGCCCAGCGUAUGCUUCCGUACCAAGGUUUCAACCCCGCAGUCAUGGACAUGGCCAUCGACUUUUAG